CACUGAGUCGUCGUCCAUGAUCUUUGUGCCAAGCACUGAAGGUAUCUCUUCCUCUAUCACUCAAAUUCCUACGAAUUUUCGGUGAUUGAAGGAGACUUUGAGUUUAUAAGCUACAAGACUAAGGUUUUUGCCAUCUCCUGAGCAUAAUGGCGCAGAUAUUACCUAUUCGCUUUCAAGAACAUCUUCAGCUGCAAAAUGUUGGAAUCAAUGCUGCCAAUAUUGGGUUUUCCACACUCACAAUGGAAUCCGAUAAGUACAUCUGUGUAAGAGAAAAGGUUGGAGAUGUUGCACAAGUUGUCAUUAUUGACAUGGCUGAUGCUAACAAUCCUACAAGGCGACCAAUAUCUGCCGACUCUGCUAUCAUGAACCCAAGAUCAAAAGUUAUUGCUCUGAAAGCUGGUCGAACAUUACAGAUUUUCAACAUUGAAAUGAAGAGCAAGAUGAAGGCGCACACCAUGGUGGAGGAUGUCACUUUCUGGAAGUGGAUCAAUGUGAACACUGUUGCCUUGGUGACUGAUACAGCUGUCUUUCAUUGGGGAAUGGAAGGUGAUUCCCAACCAGUGAAAAUGUUUGAUCGUCAUUCGAGUCUAGCAGGCUGUCAAAUCAUUAACUACAGGACUGACAGGGAUCAGCAAUGGUUGAUUCUCAUUGGUAUCUCAGCACAGCAAAACCGUGUGGUUGGUGCCAUGCAGUUGUAUUCUGUUGAAAGGAAAGUAAGUCAACCAAUAGAAGGGCACACAGCAGCUUUCUGUCCAUUCAAAGCUGAGGGAAAUCCUAAUGAGUCAAAUCUGUUCUGUUUUGCUGUUCGAGGAGCACAAGGCGGCAAGCUGCAUGUCAUUGAGGUUGGUACACCACCUGCAGGAAACCAAGCCUUUCCUAAGAAGGCUGUAGAAGUAUUCUUUCCUCCAGAAGCCCAGAAUGAUUUUCCAGUAGCUAUGCAGGUGAGUGAAAAGCAUGGCAUCAUCUUUCUCAUCACCAAGUAUGGAUAUGUUCAUUUGUAUGACAUUGAGAGCUGUACAUGUAUCUACAUGAACCGAAUCAGUGGAGACACCAUCUUUGUAACUGCUCCUCAUGAUACCACUGGUGGAAUCAUUGGCGUCAACAGGAAGGGACAGGUUCUGUCUGUAAGUGUAGAGGAAGACAAUAUCAUCCCAUACAUCACAAAUGUUCUUCAAAACCCAGACUUGGCUUUGAGACUGUCAGUCAGAAACAAUCUAGCUGGAGCUGAGGAGCUGUUUGUAAGAAAAUUCAACAAUCUGUUCAACAGCAUGCAGUACUUGGAAGCAGCCAAAGUUGCUGCCAAUGCACCCAAGGGAGUAUUAAGAACGCCACAGACUAUUCAGAGAUUCCAGCAAGUACCAGCUCAACCUGGCCAAACCUCACCAUUACUUCAGUACUUUGGUAUACUUCUUGACCAAGGCAAACUGAACAAGUUUGAGUCUUUAGAGCUGUGUAAACCAGUGCUUCAACAGGGCAAGAAACAACUGCUUGAAAAGUGGCUCAAGGAAGAAAAGCUGGAGUGCAGUGAAGAGCUUGGUGAUCUUGUAAAACAACUAGACCCUACCUUAGCUUUGUCUGUGUACUUGAGGGCCAAUGUACCAAACAAGGUAAUCCAGUGCUUUGCUGAGACAGGCCAGUUUCAGAAGAUCAUUCUGUAUGCUAAGAAAGUCAACUACACUCCCGACUAUAUCUUCCUGUUAAGAAAUUUGAUGAGAGUAAACCCAGAGACUGGUGGCCAAUUUGCUACCAUGAUGGUACAGGAUGAAGGUGACCCUUUGGCUGAUCUUAACCAGAUUGUCGAUGUUUUCAUGGAAACCAAUCAAGUCCAGCCCUGUACAUCUUUCUUGUUGGAUGCUCUCAAGAACAACAGACCAAGUGAAGGUGCACUACAAACAAGACUCCUUGAGAUGAACCUCAUGACAGCACCUCAGGUUGCUGAUGCCAUACUUGGUAAUCAAAUGUUCACCCAUUAUGACAAGGCACACAUUGCUCAGCUCUGUGAAAACGCUGGUCUGCUGCAAAGGGCUCUUGAACAUUAUACAGACAUCUUUGACAUCAAGAGAGCUAUUGUUCAUACUCACCUGUUAAACCCAGAGUGGUUGGUAAACUACUUUGGAUCCCUAUCAGUAGAGGAUUCUCUAGAAUGUCUUAAGGCCAUGUUGACCCACAAUAUCAGACAAAACCUACAGAUCUGUGUCCAGGUAGCAACCAAGUACCAUGACCAGUUAGGGACAACAUCACUUAUUGAACUCUUUGAAUCCUUCAAGAGUUUUGAAGGUUUGUUCUACUUCCUGGGUUCCAUUGUGAAUUUCAGCCAGGAAGCUGAUGUUCAUUUCAAGUACAUCCAGGCUGCCUGCAAGACUGGUCAGAUCAAAGAAGUGGAGAGAAUCUGUAGAGAGAGUAACUGCUAUGACCCAGAGAGAGUCAAGAACUUUUUGAAGGAAGCCAAGUUGACUGAUCAACUGCCUCUCAUCAUUGUGUGUGAUAGGUUUGACUUUGUCCAUGACCUGGUGCUGUAUCUUUACCGCAAUAACUUGCAGAAAUACAUUGAAAUCUAUGUACAAAAGGUGAAUCCAUCCCGUUUGCCUGUAGUAGUUGGGGGGCUGCUUGAUGUAGAUUGUUCUGAAGAUAUCAUCAAAGGUCUUAUCAUGGCAGUUCGUGGUCAAUUUUCCACUGAUGAACUUGUUGAAGAAGUAGAAAAGCGAAACCGUUUGAAACUUCUUCUUACCUGGCUUGAAGCAAGAAUCCAUGAUGGAUCGGAAGAACCUGCUACACACAAUGCACUUGCAAAGAUCUACAUCGAUGCUAACAAUAACCCUGAGAGAUUCCUUAGAGAGAAUCCAUACUAUGACAGCCGUGUUGUUGGAAAAUAUUGUGAAAAAAGAGAUCCUCACUUGGCUUGCAUGGCUUAUGAACGAGGACAGUGUGAUCAAGAACUCAUCCAGGUCUGUAAUGAGAACUCUUUGUUCAAAAGCUUGUCACGUUACUUGGUGAGGAGAAGAGACCCUGACUUGUGGGCUAGUGUUCUUGUAGAAGACAAUCAAUACAGAAGACAACUCAUCGACCAGGUUGUGCAGACAGCUUUAUCUGAAACUCAAGAUCCUGAGGAUGUGUCAUGCACCGUCAAGGCCUUCAUGACUGCCGACCUCCCUAAUGAACUCAUUGAACUCCUUGAGAAGAUUGUGUUGGAGAACUCUGUGUUUAGUGACCAUAGAAACCUUCAGAACCUCCUGAUUUUGACAGCUAUCAAGGCUGACAGGACUCGUGUUAUGGAGUACAUUACACGACUUGACAACUAUGAUGCUCCUGAUAUUGCCAGCAUUGCUAUUGGAAGUGAACUCUACGAGGAGGCUUUUGCUAUUUUUAAGAAAUUCGACGUAAACACCUCUGCUAUUCAGGUUUUGAUUGACAACAUUCAAAACUUGGACCGUGCAUACGAAUUUGCUGAGCGUUGUAAUGAGCCUGCAGUAUGGAGUCAGCUGGCCAAGGCACAGCUACAAGAAGACAUGGUCAAGGAAGCAGUUGAUUCCUUCAUCAAAGCUGACGAUCCUUCGUCUUACAUGGAGGUCGUGGAAUAUGCCCAAAGAAAGGACAACUACGAGGAUCUGGUACGUUAUCUACAGAUGGCUCGUAAGAAGGCACGUGACACGUUUGUCGAGACGGAGCUGAUCUUUGCGUAUGCAAAAACCAAUCGUCUGGCUGAACUAGAGGAAUUCAUCUCAGGACCGAACCACGCCCAGAUUGGACAGGUUGGUGAUCGUUGUUACGAUUCUGGGAUGUACGAAGCAGCUAAGAUCUUGUACAACAAUAUUUCGAACUUUGCCAAACUGGCAUCUACUUUGGUACACCUUGGUGAGUACCAGGCAGCCGUCGAUGGAGCAAGAAAAGCUAACAGCACCAAGACAUGGAAAGAGGUGUGCUUCUCCUGCGUGGAAGGCGGCGAGUUCCGACUUGCUCAGAUGUGCGGUCUUCACAUUGUAGUCCAUGCUGAUGAAUUAGAAGAGUUGAUCAACCAUUAUCAAAACCGUGGCUAUUUCGAAGAACUGAUCAGCCUGAUGGAAGCAGCACUAGGUCUGGAGCGUGCGCACAUGGGUAUGUUCACUGAGCUGGCUAUCUUGUACUCCAAGUACAAACCAUCGAAGAUGAGGGAACAUUUGGAAUUAUUUUGGUCUCGUGUCAAUAUUCCUAAGGUUCUUCGUGCGGCUGAGCAAGCCCAUCUGUGGUCAGAGUUAGUGUUCUUGUACGAGAAGUACGAAGAAUACGACAAUGCCGUACAGACAAUGAUGAGUCACCCCACUGUAGCCUGGAAAGAAGCCUUGUUCAAGGAUGUGAUCUGUAAAGUUGCCAACAUUGAAUUGUAUUACAAAUCUCUUCAAUUCUACUUGGAUUACAAGCCAAUGCUGAUCAACGAUUUGUUGUUGGUCUUGACUCCUCGUAUGGACCAUACUCGUGCUGUGACUUUCUUCAGUAAAGUUAACCACUUACCACUAGUCAAGCCUUACUUGAGAUCGGUGCAAAGUCACAACAAUAAAGCCAUCAACGAAGCCCUUAACAAUCUCCUGAUCGACGAAGAGGACUACAAUGGUCUCCGUGCCUCCAUCGAUGCAUUUGAUAACUUUGAUAACAUAGCUUUAGCACAGAGACUCGAGAAACAUGAAUUGAUCGAAUUCCGCAGGAUCGCCGCAUAUCUCUUCAAGGGAAAUAACCGCUGGCAGCAAUCUGUUGAACUUUGUAAGAGAGACAAACUUUUCAAGGAUGCCAUGUUGUACGCUGCCGAGUCCCGUAGUCGAGACACAGCCGAGGAUCUCAUACAGUGGUUCCUUGAGAUUGGUCAUCACGAGUGUUUCGCGGCGUGUCUCUAUAUGUGUUACGAUCUUAUUAGUCCUGAUUAUGUCCUGGAACUGGCUUGGAGACACAACCUCAUGGAUUUCGCAAUGCCGUAUAUGAUACAAGUAUUAAAAGAAUAUAUAGAUAAGGUUGAUAAAUUACGUGCUUCAGAAGCCGAAAGAAAAGAUCAAGAGGAUAGUAAACAAGACACGCCUAUAGUUUUUGGUAAUGAGCAGCUGAUGAUUACUGCUGGUCCUUCCAUGGUUCCUGGUAUGCCACCUGGUAGUAUGAUGGGAAUGCCCCAGCAACAAGCGUACGGUUUUCAGCCCGGUUAUGGCAUGUAAUCAUUCACGUAGUUUUUUAAACCAUCCAGUGUUAAUGGCGUAAAAUAGAUCUGUUAUUGUUGGAUUGAUAAACUAGGGUAGUUCUUGUAAUGGGUAAUAACACUUUAGAAUAAACCAAUGGACUUCUGGUA